AUGUUGGAAAUAAAAAAUGAGUUAAAUUAAGAAAGAUAGAAGAUAAAAAACACAAGUUCAGUAAACAAGAUAAAGAAAAUAAAUUAAAUAAAAAGCUAAUAAAUAAACUAACAAAAUUUAAAAAUGAAAUAUACCUAAGAUAAAUAUGGAGAACCUAAUGAGAUUACAGUGAAGAAUUUAAAAACUUUUAACAUUAGUAAAAAUAAAUUUAAAGUAUAUUUAUAAAAAAAUAAAUAAUUACUUCUUAUAAUUUUCUGUAAUAAUUAAUCUAUUAUAUCAUUUAUUUUUUUUUUCAAAAAUAUGGAAUAGAUUUAUGGAAAUUUAAUUAAUUAAUUAUAAGUGGAUAUAAAGAGCAAAUUAAUUAUAUGA